AAUCAACCAACAAAUAUCAGUUACAAAAGUGGCUUUUUUGUUGUAUUUACGGACACCCCUGAAGGUAAAAUUUUCAGCUUGGCAUUUACACAAACACCUGUAUCGCUCUCAACAAAGUGGCCAAAGAACACCGCCAAGAAUCCCAUGAAAAGUUCGAGUCAGACCCUCAAAAUCCUCUUGAGCAAUCCGUCUCACAUCAAAACGAGCUCCCAGGCCAAACAACUCCAUGCCCAAACAAUCAAACUCAGAGGAGAUGGAGAUAUCUCAUCUCCUCAAUUCACCACCAUCAUUCUCUCUAUCUACACCAACUUCAACCUCUUACAAGACUGCCUCUCACUCUUCAACGCCUUCCCCUCACCACCGCCGGCGAAAGCCUGGAAAUCCAUCAUCAAAUGCUGCGCUUCCACUGGUAAUUUCAUGGAGUCGGUUGAUUUUUUCAAGAGAAUGAUUGCUUCGGGGAAAAGCCCAGAUAGGAACGUGUUCCCUUCUCUGCUGAAAACCUGCGCCUAUUUGGGCGACUUGCGGCUCGGUGAGUCUGUCCAUGGCUGCGUGGUCAGGCUCGGUUUGGAUUCUGACCUUUUCACUGGGAAUGCGUUGAUGAAUAUGUAUGCAAAGAUGGAGUCUUUGGAUGCACGGAAUGUGCUUGAUGGUGGUUCUGAACCAAAUGGAUUUUUCAGUUUUAACAGUGAUAUGAUCAAGACUGGAUCUACACAAGUUUCUGAGGAAAUGUGUGAAGGAUUUCGUAAAGAAGUCGACAUUUCGGAUAAGAAGGGAGCUCUUCUUGUGGAUAGUGUGAGGAAAGUUUUCGAGCUCAUGCCGAUUAGAGAUGUCGUCUCCUGGAACACUGUUAUUGGAGGAUAUGUGCAGAAUAGGAUGUACGAGGAAGCUUUGCUGACAGUGAGAGAAAUGGGGAAGACGAAUUUUAAGCCCGAUUCCUACACUUUGUCUAGCAUCCUUCCAAUCUUUGCGCAGUAUGUAGACGUCAUCAAAGGAAAAGAGAUUCACGGAUACGCAGUUCGGCACGGUUUUGACAAAGAUGUGUUCAUCGGAAGCAGUUUGAUCGAUAUGUACGCAAACUGUACACGGCUUGAAGAUUCGUACACUAUCUUCAGUUCAUCUCCUCGGAAGGACAGCGUUUCUUGGAAUGCCAUGAUAGCAGUUUGUGUCCAGAACGGCAGCUUCGAUAAUGGAUUAAGACUUUUUAGGGAGAUGCUGACAGCUGGCAUAAAGCCCGUGGCUGUCUCGUUUUCGAGUAUAAUGCCGGCGUGUGCGCAUCUGACGACGCUAUGCCUUGGUAAACAGCUCCACGGCUAUAUUAUCAGACGGGGAUUUUUCGAUAAUAUCUAUGUGGCGAGCUCUUUAAUGGACAUGUACGCAAAGUGUGGCAACAUAGGUGUUGCCAGGUGGAUUUUUUAUACUAUGGAAUUUCGUGAUACUAUUUCUUGGACAGCCAUGAUAAUGGCUUAUGCAUUGCAUGGCCGUGCGCAUGACGCGGUUUUGUUGUUUAACGAAAUGGUUGCAGAUGGAAUAAAACCUAAUUCCGGAUCCUUCCUCGCAGUUUUGACAGCUUGUAGCCACGGUGGAUUGGUGGACGAGGCUCGAAAAUAUUUCAAGAUUAUGAUGCGGGAUUAUUCCAUUUCUCCGUGUGUAGAGCACUAUGCCGCGGUUUCGGAUGUUCUUGGUCGAACGGGGAAACUGGAUGAAGCUUACGAGUUUAUAUCCAGCAUGCAUAUCGAACCAACAAGCACCGUUUGGUCUAUGCUGUUGUCUGCUUGUCGGGUUCACAAAAACGUUGAGCUGGCAGAAAAAGUUGCUGAACGAAUAUUAAUAAUCGACCCUCAUCAUGUGAGUGCUUAUGUACUCUUGUCCAAUGUUUACGUUGCUGCUGGGAGAUGGAAAGAUGCUGCAAAGACGAGGGUUUCUAUGAGGAAGAAAGGGAUGAAAAAGAAAACGGGUUGUAGUUGGAUCGAAGUAAAGAACAAGAUCCAUGUUUUCAUCUCGGGAGAUGAAAACCACCCGGACUAUCCGAAGAUAAACGGAGCGCUCCACGAGAUUAUGGAGCGGAUGGAGCUCGAAGGGUAUAUUCCAGAUACGAACACGGUGCUGCAUGACGUGGACGACGAGCAGAAGAGGUAUCUGUUGUCUGUUCACAGUGAGCGUCUCGCGAUAGCGUUUGGUGUGAUUAGCACUCCUGCGGGGACCACGGUUCGUGUGACCAAGAAUCUAAGGGUGUGCGUGGACUGCCACACUGCUUCGAAGUACAUGUCCAAGAUCUUGAACAGAGAGAUAAUCGUUAGAGAUAUCGUUCGAUUUCAUCAUUUCAAGGAUGGGAAAUGUUCGUGUGGCGAUUUUUGGUGAGACGAAGGCUAUUUCGGUCAUCUCCGUUCCCCUUACGGACAUUUUUUCGUGGAAGGUUCUUGUUGUUAUUGUUAGGUGUAAAAGUUUGAGACGAAACUAUAUUGCAAUGGCUGAGCAAUUUUGUACAAAUUCGUGUUUGUAAUCGUCUUUCCUUGGUUCGUUUAAUUGAUUAAUCUCGGUAGGAACACGGUGUUAGCUUGAUUUU